AUGGGUUUCACGAAGAGCCAGAGAAUUGGCAUACUGCUGGGGAUCGAUACUGUCUUCUUUCUGAUCGAACUCGUUGUUGGCUAUGCCGUCCAUUCACUUGCCCUGGUGGCAGAUUCUUUUCACAUGCUGAAUGACGUUUUGUCCCUGUGCGUAGGGCUCUGGGCAGUCCGCGUUGCGAACACCGGAAGUUCCAAAAUGUACACCUAUGGUUGGCAACGGGCAGAGACACUGGGUGCUCUGGUCAACGGUGUCUUCUUGGUUGCCUUGUGUCUAUCCAUCUUUCUCGAAGCCAUCCAACGAUUCGUCGAGCCUCAAGUCGUCUCCAACCCGAAACUCGUCCUUAUUGUUGGCUGCCUGGGCCUGGCCUCGAAUAUCCUCGGUCUUCUCCUCUUCCAUGACCACGGACAUAGCCACGGAAAUGAAGAGCAUGGAGAUGCCGUCAAACAUGCGGAAGAAGGCCACGGACAUGUUCACAAUCAUGACUCGGAAACUGCCGCUGUCGCCGACGAAAGUGGCAAUAUUGAAGACGUCCUUCCCCAAGUUAAGGUCGCUGGUUUCAAAGGGCACGAAUCGCGAAAGUUUACCUCCUCGGACGAAGAAAACACCACCGUUUCAGGUCAAUCGUCAGAGACGCCACACCGCAAGUCACACGUCCAUGGCGAGCUCCAUGGUCGACACCGACGUAGAACUUCGGGAUCGCUUGGAGGACGGGGCUUUGGUUCGGUGGACAACAUCCACAUCCAUCCAGCCUCAUUUCGCCAGGAGAUUAUUCAAGCUGCUCGAUUCGAGGAGCAAUCGGACGAAUCUUCGGAAGAAGGCGAGGCCCUACUCGACGACGAAGGCGCGCCCAACGAGCGCUCACAGAUCUUCGGAAACGGUGCAUCGUCCCCAUCAAAAGGCAAUCAAGGCUACGGCAGCAUCGGCAAACGACAAAGUGUCAUCUAUAACCAUGCUGAUCAUUUUCACAACAAGCCGCAGGGAGAGCACAAGGGUCACAGUCACGGUGGCCAUGGCCACUCCCACGGAGACUUGAACAUGCGAGGUGUUUUCCUCCACGUCUUGGGUGACGCCCUUGGCAACGUUGGUGUGAUAGCUUCUGCCUUGAUCAUCUGGCUCACUACCUUCCCUGCCCGGUACUACUUUGACCCCGGUAUCUCGCUGGUCAUCACCGUCAUUAUUCUCUACAGUGCCAUUCCACUUUGCAAGGCAGCCAGCCGAAUCCUACUGCAGGCGGUACCAGUGGGCUUGUCGAUUGACGAAAUCACCACCGACAUUGAAUCUCUCCCAAGAGUCAUUUCAGCCCACCAUCUCCAUGUGUGGCAGCUCAGUGACACCAAACUGGUUGCUAGCUUGCAUGUCAAGGUUGACUGUGAAGUCGAAGGGUCAGGCUCCCAAAGUUACAUGCAUCUCGCCCGCGAGAUUCGAGGUUGUCUGCAUGCCUACGGCAUCCACAGCUCAACAAUCCAGCCUGAGUUUACAACGCCCCCACCUGAUGCCGGAGCGUCGGAUGGUCAACCGGAUUCCUCGCAACAUGCACACAGCAGCAAGGCUGCAAGCGUCAACAGCGAAGGACCGACAUGCCUCCUUGAGUGCGGCGAUAAGUGCGCUGACAACAAGAUGUGCUGUCCGUCAGAUGGGAAGAGUAGCAGCCAAAACGGCAAGAAAUGA